UUCCUUAAAACUUGGCAUCUUGCAAUCCAAGGCAACUUUUCUUAUUGGUUUCAUUAGAGUGAAGGUGUAGAAAUCUAUUUGUGGCUGGUUGACAAAGAUUUCCUUCAUUCUGUCUUAGAGUUACUCUGUCCACUGAGAAACUAUAGAGUCAAAGGGUUCUAAAAUAUCUUUAUCAGAAAUCUUCAAUUCUACUUUGGUUUUUAUCAAAAUUGAUCAUUAGAAUCAUCUAUUUUUUAUUUUAUUAAUUUCUUUACUUCCAUCUCACCCAGGCUUUCUUCUAACUAGCUAGCCUUGGUAUCUCCAAAGAUAAAUUUGCUUACAUCUCUGUUGAUAAGAGUCCAAGUUAAUGCAAGUUAGGCUGAUGCGCAUCCGAGUUCUUUGGCAGUUUUUGUGAACUUGUUGCAUUUUCCAAGUGUGGUUUCUCUCUGACUACCAUCAUGACCAAAGUACAAAAGUCCUAAAUGAAUUCUUUGUGAUCUGGGAGAAAUCUUGAUCCUUCUGGAAACUCACCACUGUUGUAUUUAUAUUGGAGGUUUAAGAUGUCU